GACUUCCUGAUCCUUUUGCAGUUGUAACUGUAGACGGAGAACAAACACAUACUACAACUGUGGCUAAGAAAACUUUGAAUCCAUAUUGGAAUGAGAGUUUUAAUAUACAAGUAACAAAUCAAAGCGUAAUUGCAGUUCAAAUAUUUGACCAAAAAAAGUUUAAAAGGAAGGACCAAGGAUUUUUAGGCGUAAUCAACGUUCAAGUAGGAGAUGCAUUUGACCUUGACGUUAACACUGAUAGCGAUGAGAUGUUGACAAGAGAUUUGAAAAAAUCAAAUGCAAAUGAAGUAGUACACGGUAAACUCAUUAUCAGCUUAUCAACAAAUGUAAAUUCAUCGCCUCCUCCUCCUGUAAGAGACAAUUUGAGUUCCAUGCCAAAUCAUACGCGUUCGGAUUCUAUUGCAUCAUCAUCAAACUCAAAUUCAAAUCAGAGGGCUAGUUUAGUCGAAAAUUUCGCAUCUUUGAGUUUGUCUAAUUCGACCCCUUCAGCAGCCAACGGAAACGCGGUACCAGGACCAAGCACAACUUCUGGUGGUAAUAAUUCAGCGAGGGCAUUUAGUCACAUGGAAGACAACGCACCAUUGCCUCCAGGGUGGGAACGUCGUGUAGAUCAUCUUGGACGUACAUAUUAUGUCGACCACAAUACACGAACUACCACAUGGACAAGACC